AAUAUAUAAAUAAAAAAACAAAUAGUAAAAAUAAAAACUAAAUCAAAAUUAAAAAAAUGAAAACAUAACUAAUCAGUGUUUUAUUAUUAAUAAACUUAACUUUGUCAUCUGCCGUCUUUUUACAAAAGCCAAGAUCUGCCAGCAACAAGCAAUUCGAAAUCUUCUCUUCCCUCCAAAAAGUAGAAAUGAUAGAUUUCGGAAAAAGAAUUCUCGAUACCAUCGCUUUACAACUAACAAACAAAGUCCCAUUAGCGGAAGUUGCAAAAGUCCUCAGUUAAUUAAAGCAAGACUUAGAAAAACAAUAAGCUGACGCCGAUGUCCAACAUGGAAACGACGAAGCCAACUGCAGAACCGAAACCGAAAGAUACGAAACUAAUAUUGCCAACGCAGCUAUAGUUAGAGAGAAUUCUGCUGAAGCAUUGAAAGUAUUAGAAGCUGAAAUCGGAUAAUUAGAAAACAGUAUUGCUUAUUUAGACAGAUAAGCAGUUGAAUUAGAAAAGAGAUUAGAUGCCUACAAAGGAUCUCGUGAAAGAGAUAAUCAAAGAUACAAUGAACACAGAGUUUAAUAAUUAUAAGUUGUUGAAGCUUUAGAAUUAAUUAUUGAUAGAUUAUCUUAAAUUAAACCCGAAAGUAGUGAAGAAGCUCUCCUUUAACUCUCUAAAAUAGGAAAAAGUAACCCUAUUUUAUCCUUAGUUUAAGUCGCUUCUACUUUCUCAGCUGAAUCUUUAGCUAAUGUAGUUGGUAAACUUAAUUCUUUAAGAGAUUCUCUUAACUAAUCAAUUAAUAAUGAAGAAACUUAAGAAAGUAAAUCUAAACACGAUUAUGAAGCUUUAGUUAUUGAAUAAGAAUAGACUCUUAAUAAUGUUAUUACUCAUAGAGCUUAAUAAUCACUUGAAUUAUAAUCAAAGAAAUAAGGACAUGAUUUCCAUUCCAAUAGAUAUAAAUAAGCUAUUGCCGAACAUUAAUUCAACGUAGAAGGAUUAGCUAAAUUAAAUGAAUCUUGUGCUAAUUUAAGAUCUAUUUAUGAAAAAACUUCCGUUGUUAGAGGUGAUGAAAUCAAAACUAUUGUUUAAGUUUAAAAUAUUCUUGCUACUAAACUUGAAACCAUGAAAGAUUAUCUAAAGUAAAGAGCUGAAGCUGAUGAAUGAUUGUUAAACUGAUAUUUUUUAUCCUUUUUUUUUUUGUUGUGUUUUUUUUUUUUUUUUCUAUAUUUUUAAAAAUUUAAGAAUUUUUAGUAUUAAAUUAGAAAAAAGAAAAUUAUAAAAACAAUUAAAUAUAUUAAAUAUAUAUUAUAUAAAUAUGUUUUUUUUUUUUCUUGAUUUAGUAGAUGAUUUUUUUAU